GGAAGCAACUCUGCAUCAGUUGGGAGCAACGCAACUGUGGCUGUCAAUUCACCAAGGACAAUCAACGCUUCUGCUAAUCCAAACACAUCAAGUGAAGGAUGCUCAUCGUCUGGCCUUUGCUGCUGGUGUUGGCAGUUCUGGGAGGAAGUGGAGAAGCCCAGAGCUGCAGGAGAUGCUUCAAAGGCAAAGGAAGCAACUUGGCCAAAGGGCUCCCAGCGUUUCAGUCCUCCGACUAUGUGCACAAGAUCAGCGGAGUAGCAGGCAAAGCUGUGGAUGGGAACUGUGCUGGAGACUGGUUCCGCGCCACCUGCACCCACACCAACUUGGACAUGGAGCCCUGGUGGUAUGUGGACUUGGGCGGUGACUACGCCAUCUCGACUGUGGUGGUGAAAAACCGGGAGGACUGCUGCAGUGAGAGACUGCAAGGUGCUCAGAUCCACGUGGGAUACACCAUAGCAGACCAUGGCAAGCACAACUCCCUGUAA